GAAAAGCAGAGCAGACACCAGAGCAGCCAGGCUUGGCAGCAGCCUGACAGACAAACCUCCUUUCCAGAGGAAGAGCCUAGGCCACAGCAGAGACCAUGGAGCUCUCCUCAACCCUUCUCCACAAAGGGCAGCUACCCUGGAGGGGACUCCUGCUGACAGCCUCACUUUUGAUCUACUGGAGCUCUCCCACCACGGCCCAAGUCACUGUGGAAGCAGUUCCGCCCCAUGUUGCUGAAGGGGCGAAUGUUCUUCUAUCUGUCCACAAUCUGCCAGAGACACCCCAAGUCUUUUACUGGCACAAGGGAGAAAAUACGGAUAACAGUAACGAAAUUGCACGAUAUGUAACGUCAGAUAAUGUAAAUAAAACAGGGCCUGCAUACAGUGGCAGAGAGACAAUAUACCCCAAUGGAUCCCUGCUCUUCCAGAACGUCACUCAGAAUGACACCGGAGCCUACACGUUGCAAAUGCUAAUGCAAGGCUAUGAUUAUAUGAAAUUAUCCAUGCAGUUCCAUGUCCACCCACUGCUACCCAAGCCCAGCAUCACAAGCAACAAUUCCAAUCCCAUGGAGGGUGAGGACUCAGUAGCAUUAAUGUGUGAUCCAAAGACUGAGAAUACAAACUACCUGUGGAGGAGAAAUGGCCAAAGCCUCUCAGAAGGUGACAGGCUGAAGCUGUCUGAGGACAACAGGACUCUCACUUUACUCAGUGUUGUGAGGAAUGACACAGGAGAUUAUGAGUGUGAAACCCGGAACCCAGUGAGCACCUCCCGAAGUGACCCAUUCACUCUGAACAUUACCUAUGGUCCAGAUGUCCCGAUCAUAUCUCCCUCAGAUACUUAUUUUCAUUUAAGGACAAACCUCAAUCUCUCCUGUCAAGCAGCCUCUAACCCACCUGCACUGUACUCUUGGUUUGUCAAUGGAGAGCUCCUGUCAUCCUCCCAAGAGCUCUUUAUCCAAAACAUCACUACUAAUAAUAGUGGAUCCUAUACCUGCUUCGUCUAUAACUCUGUUACUGGCCUCAAUAAGACCACAGUCAAGUACAUUGAAGUCCUUGAGCCAGUGACUACACCCUCCAUCCAAGUCACCAACACCACAGUCAAAGAACUGGACUCUGUGUUCCUGAACUGCUCCUCAAACGACACCAGGAUCUCCAUCCAUUGGCUCUUCAAUGGCCAGAGCCUGGAGCUCACAGAUAGAAUGAAGCUGUCCCUGAACAACAGCACUCUCAGCAUAGACCCUGUCAAGAGGGAAGAUUCUGGGGAGUAUCAGUGUGAAGUCUUCAAUCCAGUCAGUUCCAAGAGGAGUGACCCUAUCCAGCUGGACAUAAUAGCUGACCCAACACAAGGGAGUUCUGGCCUCUCGGGGGGUGCAAUUGCCGGCAUCGUCGUUGGAUCUGUGGCUGGGGUGACUCUGAUCGCAGCCCUGGCAUACUUUUUUUAUUUCAGGAAGACUGGCGGGGGAACUGACCAGCGCGAUCUCACAGAGCACAAACCCUCAGCCUCCAACCACAAUCUGGGCCCCUCUGACAACUCUCCUAACAAGGUGGAUCACGUGGUAUACACCAUCCCGAAGACUGUCCAGAACAUCAACGGCCAGACACCCAAACCACCAACUUCAGCCUCCCCAUCUCCAACACCCACAGAAACAGUUUAUUCAGAAGUAAAAAGGAAGUGAUCAUGACCUGUCAUGCUGGCUACACUAAUGAUGCAUUUCCAGACUCUCAUCCUCACUAGGAGAUCUCUGUACCAUGAGAUGAGGAAACACAUGUGUGUAUGCGCACGCACACACACACACAGCUCCAGGUGGCAGCCUCUUCAGUAUCAAUAGAAGGAACAAUGUAUUCUGAAGCCUACAGGAAACCCAACUUUUCUUGGAAUUGAAACUUGGCUAAGAAAAGGGCAUCAAAGCUGCCCACCAUCCACUCCCCUAGCCAUGGCUUGUUUUAAAUUGACCUAUUCAGAGCACAGUCAUUCUCCCCAGCUCCAGUCCUGUCCUAGCACAGUCUGACUUGAAUUACCAUAAUCUUGGACAUCACCUAACUGCUUAUGCCAAAAAAACAAAGGACAAGCAGGAAAUGGGCAUUCCUGUGUCUUUAAGCCAGAUGUGAAGCCAUCGUACACGGGAAGAUCAAGUCUCAGCCAGAGGUUUCAGGAAAUCUCCACGCCGACAACCACCAUGCUUUCCUGGCUGUGGCAUCAGGGUCUCUGUAUGUUGUGCAUUUACACCUGAGCCCACCUCUGAGCCUUUCUCCAGAAAACCCACUCAAAGCAGCUAGCAAAGCUCUUUGGCAGCAUCCACUGCCAUUGCUAACACAGAGGGCAGGUGAAAAGACAGCAUCUCUAGCCUCUACCAGGAAGGAGUCCAGAAAAGCAGGGCUGGUGAACUGACAGUCUCCUGGAAACUGAAAACAGAACAGAAAGAUACCCUGUGUGGAGCACUGAGAUUGUUUUAAAAUAAGCCACGUUUGGAGGUACUGGAGUUUUCUUCUCUGUAAGACAACCCACUAUUUGAAUUUUUGUAACUGUUGACUUUGCUCAGUGUGUGAGCUGAUAGGUCUGCCUUAGGGGCAAGAAGCCACUGCACCUCUGGCUCCCUUGGCCAGGAUCAAAAGGCCUCUCAAGCCCUUUUGAUCAAGAGUUCCAAAGAAAAAUGAAUAAAUGAAUAACAAGGCAAGUCACUUGCAGAACCACUGCCUAGUAUCGAGAAAAGCCUCUUACUUCCCUGAAUUUGUCAGAAAAGCCUGACUUUUUCCAUGUCUUCUUCUUUAUUGCUGGGCACUGGCCAGAGCCUACACAAUAUUUCUCUGACACUUUUGGCUUCCUUGUUCUCUCCCUGGAGCUCACCUGCCCCCACCCUUUGUAGGCUGCCAGCUGAACUCUUGCCUGACUCACAAGCCAGCCAUUCCUCCUCCACUCCAACCCCUCUCCAGGCUGAUGCUGAGAUUUCCAGCUUGUCUGCCUUGCUGUUUUGCUUUUAAACUCUAACAAAAACUGUCCUCGGCUUCAACAACUAACAACAGGCUUUCCUCAUUCCCACCCUGCUCCUGGAGAUCCAGGACCAGCCUCCAAGUACCCUUCCGCAGUGUUUCUGCCUGUGCACAGUUUGACCUUUCUUUGGCUUCUUUUUUUUGACUUUUUUUUUUUUUUUUUGAGACAGAGUUUUAGCAUGUGGCCUAAACAGGCUUCAAUAUCACAGGGCCACCAGGCCCAGCGGCUUGUGCAUUCCCUGACUGCCCUGCACUCUCAGGAAUCCUUGGCCUCUGCUACUGUGUGUUUUGGUCCACAUGAAUGUGCCCUUAAAGGAACACAGUCACUCAAGCUGAAGGCAUUGUUUACAUCCUAGAGAGCAGUGCACUGGUGCUCCCCUGGGAAUGUAGGACACUUGCAGGGGGUUCUUUCCCAGCCCUGGGCUUUCAACAGCCUCAAAAACUUACUUUUCCCACCUGGGAUGAAUCCCAGCAACAGGAGAAGGAAAGGCCAAUGUGCUCUCAAGGAUCCUCUCUUCAAGACGUACCCCCACCCUGUGCCUGCUAAUCAAGGGUUUUAUUGGAUAAUAAGUGUUUGUUCUCAUGCCGUGCCUAACAGGCCUUCCAAGACAGUUAUUCUGGAAUUAUUGUAUUCGGGGAUUUCUCUCAGGGACUUCCAGCUCAAAGAAAUUCUGUGUAUAUUUUCCUUUAUUAGUUCUAUUCUGGGUUAUUUAAAUUUGCCUGGCUAACGCCAAAUCAGAGGUAUUUGUAAAUUUCCCCUAUGUUCAAAAUAAAAUAUCACAUAUCACUAA